AAAACGAAAUGUUAAAUGUUAUAAUUUCGUAUUUCGUCGAGUAGAGUCCGGUUGAUUUUCUAAAAAUAUUAAAAUGUCGCUAUGUUAAUUGAAAAUAAAUAAUAUACAAAGUUAAGCAUAUGUUCUAACAUGGAAAUGUGUUCCAAGUUGCAAGUGAAUUAAGUUACAAUUCACAAAAAAAUCGGUCUACAAAAGGUCUUAAGUGAAAAAGUGUAGUGAAUAAAAGAACUUCGAGCCUAAAAUAAAUCCCAAACACUUUAGUAUUAAGUAUUUCCCAGCUCUACUAUAAGAUGGUGGGGCGGGAAAUUGCUCCAACCGAAAUAGGCAAAUAUGCCAAAUUAAUUAAAGGCGCCCAAGAGGAAAUGGCUACUAUGGACGUUUUGGUAUGUGGCCGCUGCUUGAACGUGUUUCAUUUUAUAGAGGAUUUUAAACUUCACAAACAAAAAACUUGUUUUAAAGAAAACAACAAUGUUAGAGAGUGCAAUGAUACUAAACCCAAAAUUUGGGCAUUUCUCCUCUGGAAAGCUACCCAGUUACACAACAAUAAAGAUAACAACAUCACCAGCCCAAAUUCAUGGGCAUUAUAUCAGACUUGGGUUAAAAUGGAAGAGAGCCUUAGGGAGACGUGGAUUGUUGCUGGUAAAACCAUCCAAUCCUUUGCCAAAGUAUCACAGGGUAAUUUGCAAGAGAUGCCUGUAAAAAUAACAAAAACGGUGGUAAACAAUAAUGCGGAUGGAAUAUCUCCAGGAAGAAAGCCCCUAACACAAACCAAACCACAGGUUGCUAACCUUAAACCACCAGCUAAACUUAAUGUCAGCAACAAAUCAAAUGCUGACUCGGAAAAUGAAACUUCGCCAAUGAAAAGUCCUAUGGCGAAUAACGCUUUGCAAAAGAUUGUCAAAAAGCCUGCAACAGUGUCUCCACAACUACCAACGAAGCCCCCGGUGUCAUUAGCAGCGACACCAACAGCAACGCCAGCAUCAGCAACUGCCACACCAGCUGCAACAAAACCUUUAACGCGUCGCGCCAAACGUACUGUGCCCAAUUCUGAGGAUUUUAUUGAAGAAAAUGUCGAGAAAAUUGUGGCGAAACGUUUCAAUCCUCGUCGUCGAAUGCAUGAAUACUUGGUAAAAUGGGAAAAUCGUGCUUUAGAACAAAACACUUGGGAACCAGCAUCACACUUGGAAAAUGUUCCGCACCUAUUAGAAACUUUUGAAAAGCAAUUAGCCCGCCAAAAAGAGACAAGGGCGGCUCUACAAGCCAAACAGCAGGGUGGUACUACUGGACCGGUUGCUGUCAAUAAGCCAGGCGAAAUAAAAAUUAGUACCAAGGAUUCAUCAUCUCAGCAAUCUUCACCAUUAGAUACUCAGAAAGCGCAAAUAGCUUCGCCGUCUGAGAGACCUCAGCGUUCUUCAAAAACUAAGGCCAUGGACCAAGUUAAGCAGUGGGUAGCUGGCAACUCAACGUCUUCCGCCAAUUCCCCAAACUCGGAGGCGGCCUCCCAUCAAAACGAAAACGAUAAGGACUGGGCCAUGAACGCCAGUUCCGGAUCUAUUCAAAUGGGGGGCCCGAAACGUAAACUUGAUGACUCUGAUUACAAUGAUUCGAAUGCAGAAGAUAUGCCACCAAGCACGACCAACACCAUGGAGGAUCUAGAGGAAGAUCUUAUACCUUCGCACACACUCAAAAGAAUGAAAUAUGGCAAUUCCGUUUCGGUUGAAGUUAAAACCAAAACUGAAAUUCAGACUAAACAAAUAAAAGUCAACGGAACAGCGCCUGCUCGCGCUGAAAGCCAAACAACGUCGUCCCCUUCAUCAGCCGAAGUAAUAAUUACCCAAGACACAAAUGCUUCAGGCGUUGUUAAGAAACCAGGUUUCAGUGGCACAAGUGCAAACAAUAAACCUGAAGCACAAAUUCGGGUUCUUUCGAAAGGCGAAUCGGCCAUCUCUAACAGUGGUAUAAUUCGAGUAGGAAGUAACAACGAUAUCAAUUCUAUAUCCUCGCCCACGCCUUCUCCACAGACAACGCCUAUUGUGGAAAGCAGAUCACAACUGGUGACACGUAGUUCACAUGUGCGGACAGUAACAAAUAAUGCAGCUGGACGUUCAACGCCCACUCCUGCUAGACAAGUGGUACAACAACAAAUCGUUCGAACGCCCAGCGGCACAACAAUACAACGGAAAACUAUACCGGCUUCAAAUGCAUCUUCCAUCCAGCGGGGUCCUGGUGGUAUGUUACAAUCUCGUACAGUGACACAAACAUCACCUUCAUCCGGAAGAAUGAUUAUACCUAGACAUGGUAUGUCCAAUGCUCCAAGGAUCGGCCAACAAAAAGCCGUUACCCCAGAGCAAAAAAUACUGCAGCUCUCAAAAUCAGGUGACCUAAAAGUAACUAAGAAAGUCAUGACUCGUGAAGAUGUGGUCGCCCAUCGUCAACAACACCAGCAAUUGCAGCAGAGACAACGGCAGCAGUCUCAGGUGCACAUUCAAAAAGUUCAGCAAUUAUCUGGCCCAGCCCAGCGCAACACUCCCAUUACUCAAAGAAAACAAGUCGUACAACAGCAAGUGAUUCAUCAACAGCAACAACAACAAGAAGAGGAACAUCAAGCGCAGUUAUGUCCUAUAACAGGCAACAUCAUAGGACAGGAAGACCACCAGCAAAUACAGGCGCAAGUAGAUCAGCAGCAUCAAUUAUCCCUGCAACAGGAACAACAUCAGCAGCAGUUGCACGAUAUUGAUCCAAAUGUUCUACUUACACAAGAUCAAAUGCUUACUAACGAAGAUGGAACUCCUCUGUUAGUAACUGGCGAGGACGGCACUGUGUACCAGGUUGCUGGCAAAAACGUAGACGGUCAAACCAUAUUAGUUAGCCAAGGGCCAGAUGGUGAACAACAAUUUGCUUACGUUGCUGCCGCUGAGGGGGAAAAUGAAAAUCAAGUGUUGACUCUGGACAAUGCUGUAGCUGAGGCCGUUGCCCAGCUACCUGCUGAUCAACAAGCUGAAGCUUUGGCAGCCGCUGCAAAUGAACCUGGCAAUGGUGGUGGCCAGUACUUGGUCAAAACAACACAAGAAGAUGGCACAACUCAAGUUGUCACUAUGACGGAGGCUGAACUACAACAGCAUCAAGCAUUAGCAGCGGCUCAACAACAACAAAUGGCAGCGCAAGUUGCCAACGCUGCACCGGGAGCGACAAAUCAAUUAUGUAUUCAAACUGGCGAUGGCUCUGAUGGCCAAGAAGCCAACAUACCAGCUGAAGUGGUCCAAGCCGAACUGCCAUCACCGGGUGGAACCCGACGAGUUGUUUUACUACUUCAGGAUGGUACAUUUAUGAUGACUGAAAUGCACGACGACGAGUUUAAGGCUCUAAAUAUUGCGGCUUAAUUUCAUAGGAAUCUACAACAGAAAAGAGACAGUUCUUUGUGAAUCAUCACUUCUCAUUUCACUUUCCUUUCCAUACGUAUAUGAACAUAGAUGGAGUGUAAAAAAUUAUUUGGGGAGGUCAUUGCGAGUUAACGUAACUUUAUUUGCAGUAAUCAAAUGUAAACGUUUAUCUUCACUCAUACUUAAAAUAUUGUACAUUAUUUAAAUCCUCGUUUCGUUAAGUUGUUUUUUAUCAUUCUGUUUAAUGCACUAAGCUCAUGCAACAGGAUACAUUCAUUAGAAGAGUUUCAUAUUUUUAUCCAAUUUAAUGGAUAUACCAUAUAAUUGAUUGUCGGCUAUUGAUACGCAAACAAAAAGUAAACAACAUAGAAUUUAAAUUCGUUUUCUAAUUAAACUGAUUAUAAACAUAAAUAAAGAUAAAAACAUUAAUUUAUAGGCUAA